GCGGCCUGUGUAACCAAAAAAAAAAAAAAAAAAAUGAUGACAAACAAGUCUGACGUCACAAAAGUGUCCACAAAAGCAAAUGAACCGAAUACAAGCAGGUAGAGGGAAAGCAGGUGCAAUCUCAGACUGGAACAGGAAAGUGUGACGAGACCAAACAGAAAAAACACACUACAGCCAUGGGAGCAGGAAGCUUGAAUUGUUUGAUGUUUGCAGUUGUUGCUCUGAAUGCAAUCGCUUCUGCAGCAGGACUGGCAUUAUUUGCAGUGGCUAUUUGGGUAGCAGUAGAUGGGUAUAAACUCUACCCCAUAUCCGGUGUGUCGGGAAAAGAUGACAUCUUUGCCGGGGCCUGGAUUGCCAUUUUCACAGGCUUUGCCUUCUUCCUCACAUGCAUCUUUGGCAUCUUUGCUGCCCUGAAAAGGAGCCGCGCACUCAUGCUGGUGUACCUUAUCAUCAUGUUCAUCAUCUUUCUGUUUGAAAGCGCAUCUGCCAUCACAUCAGCAACCAAUCGGGAUUAUCUGGUUGGGAACAGUAACUUCGUAAAGAAACAAAUGCUCCAAUAUUAUGGGGACAGCAGCACACAAGGCAAGCAGAUUACACAGACAUGGAACAGAGUGAUGGAGCAGGUCGAGUGUUGUGGAGCAGACGGUCCACAAGACUGGUUGCUGUAUAACUCCACCUUGAAACAGCUCUAUCCCUCAUACAACUGGCCCAUCGGCUGCUGCAAGGGACUGCCUACCUUUGCUUCGCAAGAUGCAAUAAAUAACUGUAAGGUUGGCCUGACCGGCACUCUGUUCUCACAGGGUUGCUUCAACUACAUUGAGUCCGUGUUAAGCCGUUACACCUGGGCUGUGAGCUGGUAUGGUUUCUCCGUUCUCAUGUUAGUGUUUUUCACAUUAGUGAUCGCCAUGAUCUACUACAUGCAGCUGGAUUAACUACAGACUCGGCGUGAUACGUCUGCCAACGACACAGAUGUUUCCACUCUUGCUGUCGCAGAACAAUACAGAUGAUUGCAGAUUGCACAUGGAUAAUUGAUAUGACAAUUUCCAUCCUUUCUUGUAUAAUUAUCAUACAUUUAGUUUUUAUGACGUUCUGUAAUUUAACCUCCAUUUAGCACAAAAGGAAUGUUCCAGGUUCAGUACAAAUUAAUCUCGAUCAUAAGCAUUUAUGGUAUUAUUUACCGCGAUAAUGCUGAAAGGUAAUUAAAAACUUAAGAACUGGAGAGCAGUGAACAUCAUCUGAUUAUGUUUAGGGGGGAAAGUUACAUGCCUUAAUAGCUUUCAUAUUACAUGUUUUAUUAUGGAUGUUUUUUUUUUCUGGGGUCAUUUUAAUUUUUUUUAUUAACAAUAUUGAUCAAAUAGGUUCUUUAAGUGAUUGUAUGAUUUAUUUCUUUAUGCCACAGUCUACACUUGUAUUACUUCGUACAUAAAUAUUUAAUUUAAAAAAAUAGCUUUAACAUAAUUAAAUAACAAUGAACAGGACGUGUUUUGUAAGAUUCUUUGCUGCACAUUUGUAUUUAAAACUUACUUGACAAUGUUUUUGUUCAUAAAAUAAAAACGUGACUGUGCUGAUGA